AACAAACAAAACCCCACUGUUCCACCGACCGACCGUUCAAUUCGAGGUAGCGCGCAUUCCGUGAAACAUAGAAAAACAAGUGCACAAUAAGACAACCGGCUUUCGUGACGACUGAAACGCAGUUUUUCGAGCAUUUUUAGCCAAAACAGGACUCGAGGCAACGCCCGCGCAUCAGCUUUUUUAUUAUAAGCUUCAGUGUUUGUUGUGUGUGUUUUUCUGGCGCAUCCCGUUGGCGUUGUGUGUGUAUCCCGACAUCUCCUCUUUGAGCUGCUGUCCUUGUAUUAGGGUGUGCCGAAAAAGCAAAGAAAACAACAAAAAAAAAACAGUGACAUUCCAGCACAGCUCCACCUCCGCAAAGUAAAUCAACCAACUCGCCGAAAUGUCAGUUUCCUCGAACGCCUCCUCGGCCUCGCGAAAUGGCAGUGUGGACGACAGUACCACCGCCAGUACCACCAACACGGACAGCUCCGAGCUGACGCACAUUCUGAACCGGCGGCAGGAGAUCAUGGACUCGCAGGAGGCGGGCAUCGAAGUGCCGCGCACCUUCAAGGUGGUUAAUGUGUACACCGAGUUCCAUGAGUUCUCCAGGAAGCAGAUCAAGGACUACCAGAAGACCUUCAAUACCUACGACACUGCUCGGGAUGGCUUCUUGGAUCUGCAGGAGCUCAAGUUCAUGAUGGAGAAGCUUGGCGCCCCCCAGACCCAUCUCGGGCUGAAGAAAAUGAUCGCCGAGGUGGACGAGGACCAUGAUGGCAAGAUCUCCUUCAGGGAGUUCCUACUCAUCUACCGCAAGGCCGGAGCCGGAGAACUGGACUCGGAUUCGGGGCUCAACCAGCUGGCCCGUCUGACGGAGAUCGAUGUGGAGCAGGUGGGCGUGAGCGGAGCCAAGAACUUCUUCGAGGCGAAGAUUGAACAGCAGCUGAGGACGAACAAGUUCCACGACGAGAUCCGGGCCGAGCAGGAGGAGCGCCGGCGCGAGGAGGAGGAGCGGGCCCAGCGGCGCCAGCAGUUCCAGCAGCGGGCGGCUAUCUUCCAGUAGACCUGGAUCCCAGCACCAUUAUCCUAGCGGUAGUCUAGCGAGUAAUUAUUUGGCGUAGGUUAAAUGGAAUGUGGACCUAUAGAAGAACCUAGGGAGACCGGAGACGCUUCGUACAAGCUGCAGGCAUUUUUCAAGCAUCACAUAAAAUAAUUGAUAUCCAUACUAAUCGUCUCAUAUAUACACACCUACUACUGGAGUGGUCCCAUUGACGAAGGGACUUGGAAGAAGAAUAGCUACUCCAGAAGGGAAACCAAGUCAGACCACUUCCAGUCCUCAUAUUCAUGCAUACGUACACAUAGAUAACGAUCAUACCAAAAGCGUAAUUUAUAAUUAACCUUUAGUUUUAAGAAGAAUGUUUUUAGCUUAAGAACUCUUUGAAAUAUCUGGUGUUGCGUAAUCUUCUUAUUUGUUGAACUUGUACCUUUAGUUUUGAUGAAUUCUUUCGAUUCUUUCUAACUGGUAGUGCCAUUUUUAUUUUCAUUAUGAUUUUAAUUAUUGUUUAAAAAAAGGGAUAGUUGUUUUAAGCGAAAAAUUCAAACCUAAUUUGUACAUAAAUACACCUGUGUUGUUGUCGGAAUAAGUGGAAUAUGCGUUCAAGCUUUCAUUUCAGUAUUUCGUGUUUAAAGUUUAGCAAUAAAAAGCAAUACUAUAAUGCAUUAAAUACUACAGAAUACAAAGAAUACACAUACUUUUAGAGAGCGUUUAAUACAAGAACUUAUACUGCAAUUUAAACAAAUAAAUGUAUAUAAUACAAAAUCAUAUGAA